AUGUAUCAUUCCAUCUCCACACACCCUUCAAACUACUACUACUACUACUACUACUACUACUACUACUACUACUACUACUACUACUACUACUACUACUACUACUACUACUACUACUACUACUACUACUACUACUACUACUACUUCAGUCUGAACUGA